CGGCAGGGAGUCCGUGACUCGGUGUCCUAGAGCCUCGAGAAGCCUCAUGCUACCGCACGCUCGCCUGGGGCUGCUUUCUGUCUGAGUAGACGCUGGCGCGAAGAGGGUCAGCGAACACUGAACUGGAGGUUUGCUGCGGCCGCUUCGACCCGGAAAGUCUAAGCAGACGUCCCAGUCUCCCGACUUCCGGUUCCGGUUUGGGGGCGCUGCCUGGCCGCCUUCGCGAUGGAAGAACCAGAGAUGCAGCUGAAGGGCAAGAAAGUCACAGACAAGUUCACUGAGAGUGUGUAUGUCCUGGCCAAUGAGCCGUCAGUGGCCCUGUACCGGCUACAGGAACACGUGCGCCGCUCACUGCCGGAGCUGGCCCAGCACAAGGCUGACAUGCAGAGGUGGGAGGAGCAGAGCCAGGGCGCCAUCUACACCGUGGAGUACGCCUGCAGUGCUGUGAAGAGCCUGGUGGACAGCAGCGUGUACUUCCAGAGUGUGGAAGGCCUGCUCAAACAGGCCAUCAGUAUCCGGGACCACAUGAACACCAGCGCCCAGGGCCACAGGUAGCAGCCACCUGCCCCCACCCCAGCCUCUGUCACCACCCUAGCCAGUGAGCUGUCCAGCUGUCCUUGGCAUCUGUGCACAAAUAUCCUGUAACCCAGCUGCCUGUGAGGAGCACAGCAGUGCCUGAUUGACAGACUCACAGGGACAGUGAUCAAGAAACACGGGUCAGCGGACCUGUGUGGGCGAGGAGCAGCCUUCUGGCAUCCCCAGGAAUGUGACCAGAGCAAGGCCCUGAGUUGGCACUCGGGUCCCAUAAAAGGAACAAAAGGGAUGAUUUAGUGGGAAGUUGAGCUUGGCUGGGUUUCUCCAGGUGAGGUCCAGUGAAACGAAAGCGCCACUGGCCUCGGAGUUUGUGUUGGUGUAACGCAAUAAACGCAUAGCUGCCCUGCA